AUGACAAGUGAUGCGUUCACGCGCGUUGUGGAUGGGAAAAAAGUACAGCACCGAUUUGGACUCCUUAUCGACGAGCACCGACGUUUUGCCGUGGCCUCGGCAAAGCUCUCUGGAGUCGACGAGGAAGAGUCCGAGAAGCACAUGAUCUUGGACGACCUUCUUGCUCAGCUGGAGGACGUAAGACUCCUCGCUGCGUCGAGGUCAACGAAAACAAGUCAAGAGAAGGACAAGGCGGAGCAAGGCGGAGCAAGGCGGAGCAAGGCGGGCUUGCUGUUCGUGAAAUGGCGAUGCAAACACUCAAGCGACGUCAAGAGGUUUCUGAAGAAGAGCGACAACAUGAACACGAGGAACGCGAAGCAGAACGUGAUCAUCAGUUGGCUCUAG